UGCCUCAGGCAGGGGAUGGUCUGAUUUGGGCGCCAUUUAACUAGAAGAAGAAUAACUAUAAUACUAGAAUAACUUUAGCUUUAUUAUCACUUUGAAUGUGCACUUUUUAAUUCUUUUUUAAUUUUAUUUCAGAAUAAAAUUGGCUCUUCUUCUUCUCCUUCCGGGAUGUGAGCUUAAGCUGAAGAUCAAAUUAUUCCCCUCGCAGUAUGUUAUGUUGCUUCUAUAUUAAAUCACUACAGAAAUUGACCAAUAUAUAUGAGGGUAAUAAGGCAUUCUGAGGAGGCAUUGAAAACAGCUCUUCUCUCCAAGGACAGACAGCUUUUGAAGCUUUAUGAAAAGUUUGAUCCUAAGGAGAAACAUUUGCUGAAUGAAGCAUUUCAACCAGACAGUGCUCUUUUUAAACCUAUAACUCUGGAAUCUGAAUCAGACUGGAUCUCCUCACAUCCAGAACCCACCCAGGAUUUUUCACAGUUUUAUCAUGACCCCUGCAGAAAUUUGCCAACCCAACAGAAGAGACAGAUUUACAUCCAGCCUAUUGGUUCUUUUGGAGAUGCCAAAGUUAGCACAGAUGUCUACUUGAAAUGGCUGAGAGAUUACUGUGAAGCAUUUUACUACGGCCUGACUGUAAGAAUCCUAGACCCAAUGCCAGUUUCACACACAGGUUGCGCUUUUCGAAUCAAUGAAUACACACACAAUCUGCAGAUCCAUGCAGGGUAUCUCUUGAGUUAUCUAAAGAAAAAAAAGCCAAAGGAUGCUUUUUGUAUUGUGGGAAUAACCGUGAUAGAUCUUUACCCCAAGGACUCUUGGAAUUUUGUCUUUGGCCAAGCCUCCUUAACAGAAGGAGUGGGGAUCUUCAGCUUUGCCAGAUAUGACAGCGACUUCUACAGUGCAAACUACAAGGGCAGGUUGAAAACAGCAAAAAAGCUUCCUGUAGCUGACUAUUCUGUGUUUGAUGGUUACUAUACACCUGAGAUCACAAGUCAACUACUACUGAGAUCCUGCAAAACUUUGACUCACGAGAUUGGACACAUCUUUGGGCUCCAUCACUGUCAGUGGUUACAAUGUGUUAUGCAGGGAUCUAAUCAUCUGGAGGAAUCAGAUAGACGUCCAUUAGACCUUUGUCCUAUUUGCUUGCGCAAGCUGCAGUCUGUUCUUGGGUUCAGCAUUCUGGAAAGAUACAAGGCGCUACAGAGAUGGAUAGAAGAUAAAGCUAAUGGAACAGAAGAAGGGCACAGCAGUGAGGCUAGUGGAGGAUUGCCAAAGCCGGUGGAAUCAUUUACAGAAAGUUAUGAGAUGCUUAUGAAAUGCUUAGACGUUCUCCAGAAAUAGGUUUGCUCUACAGGUUCAAAGGGAAUGCUCUUAAUAUAAUGAUAUAAUCACUAUUAAAAUAUGGUGAUAAUUAAAUAUAUUUUAAGUUAAAAGCUAAAAAAAACACUUAUGGUAAAUAUUUAAGCUGUUUGUUCUAUAUCUUUUCUUUUGUCUCUAUUAAGUUACUCUUUUUCCUGGAAUGUCUAACACAGUCUAAUAACACAUUAUUUAUUUCUUAUAUUGAAAGAGUUAAGCUGUGCUGCAGUCCAAGGAACUGCUGUCAGGCAUCUGAAUUAGUUGCUUCGUCCACAAUAUUGAUUGACAAAUCAAGCCCUGUUUCUGUCUUAAAAUACCUGCUUACAUGACUUUGGAACAAACAUCAGCAACUUAAAGGUGCAGAGGCUCUGCAAAAGCUCAGUUUUUAGCGUGUUCCUAACAGCUAAAGAAGCUACAUAUUUUACAGUUCAUAAAUAAAAAUGCUACUCUUUCUUCAGAAUUGAAAAAGGAAAUAAUUUGGAGAACUGAUGGUCCUCUGGAUGACAUUGAGCAAUGACCUGGGAAAGAACAAAGGAGAAAGAGGAGAACUACACAAACACAAGGACAUUUUUUAAUGUCGGAUUAAUUUGAUUAAAGUGUGUAUCCCUCUUUAUAAGGUCUGGAACAUUUUUAAUGGGAAAUCUAUUAAGAUUUAGGAGUAAAAACCUUCUAAUUUCCUUGGUUUGGAUUAUUAAUAUAUGGCACAAUAGUGCUUUCAUCUUAAAUCUAAAUCCAAUUAACGUAUUUCCUUGCCUAAUUAAUGUUAAGCAUAUUUUUUCUCUUCUUCCUAGCUCGGUACAUUGGAUUUCCUACUGUGUAUAAUUUUCAAGGUUAAUUUUAGUUGGACGGGCACUGACUUCUUCCAGGAUGCUUUCUGAUUUCCCAGAAAUUAAUGUUUGACAUGAAAGCACCUUUAAUUUUGAAAGGAUACAGAAAUAAUUUCUUUCCACGCAAGAAAUUUUUGCAGGUAUAUUAACUUCUGAUGAGAAUUUCACCUGACAGACAAAAGGCAUAUUGAUCAUGUUACCCAGAUUUUGGGUAUAUUAUAUUUAGGACUCUUAUUUUAGAAAAAAAAUCAAAUAAAGAUCUUCCAGUGUACUUGAAAUUAUCUGUCUUUUUUGUUGACAUUUUGGUUAAUGUUCAGACACAAAAUAAAAUGAGAAACUUU